AUACAUUAUAUAGAAAGAUUUGAAUGAAAUUAAUGUAAUCAUAAUGAUGGGGCGAUGACAACGAAUUUAGAGAGGAGACAAAAGGCAUGUCUGAGGAUCAGCUUCGACGGUAUCGCGAGUCAAAACGACAACUGUCGCCCCAACGACGGCCACAGCAGCAUCAUCAACAGGCGACAUCCAAGCAGCAGAGGGCCGUGGAUCCUGUCCAGGAUAUUUUGAACGAGAUCACCGCUGCUAGUGUGCCACGAUCCACGCCACCUGGCAGCAAUCACAUCAACAACAAUAAUAACAAUAAUAAUAAUAACCCAAAGAACAACAGUAGCAGUCAGCAACGGAAACGAGGGGCGCUGGGCCACAAAACCACAAGCUCGGAUUCGUCUUCGUCAUCCAAUUCAACACCUUCUCGCAGCAGUAGUAACAACAACAGUCAUCCUCAUCCUCAUCCUCAUCAUAAUAACAACACCAAUGUCAACUCACGUGCAGUGUCAUCCAAUACCACCACAACUACUACUGCUACAGCGAAAAAACCGUCGAGCAAGGCAGUUCAGCCACCAUCAACGACGUCAGCCGCAAACACCAAUAACAAGAAACGCAAGCUACACAUGGUCCCUGAUUUACUGGUGGCGAAAGCACACUUGCUGGAUCCCGAUGAUGUCGUGGAAACACGUAAAAUUGCUGGAUUGAAACGGUAAGAAUUGUGCUUUGCUGAGGGGGCGGAAAGGCAGUGACUGUUCGUAUCCAUACACACGAUCCUCACAGAGAUAUAUCUUCUUGCUAUAAGGAUGGCUUCCCGUGAUAUACAUGAACGACAAGACAAUGUUGUCACGAAAC